UAGUAGUAGGGAGUCGCCAUGAUACUGCAGCCGCGCGCCUUGGGCGCGCAAGUUCGGCAGUGGAAAUGCAGAAAUGAGUCGCUGGCCACGCUCCGGUUAUCGACGAGGAGUUACUCGACCCAAUAUGCAACUGCAAGCUAUGGGAGUGUUUUCGCUAAGCAAGCGCUGUGCACCUCGACUCGACCGGUGACACGCUUGCAGCCCAUCGCUGCGAGUUCUGCGACUCUGGAGCAGGACGCCGCUGAAGCAGAUUCUAGCGCCGAGUACCUUGAAAACUUCCUUGGAUGGCUGGUCGCGAACGGUGUGCGCGGCAUCGGCCAGGAGGACAGCAAGAUUGCGCUGUUUGAGGCGGAGGGCGGCGAGCGCGGCCUGGUGUGUGAGGAGGCCAUAGCUGCAGGCGAUGUGGUUCUGGAGGUGCCGCUGCGCCUGGCGCUGACGGACCACCCGGGAGACGAGGAGUCGAACCAGCUGCUGUAUGAGGGCGCGCCGUGGAGUGUGCGCCUGGCCUGCAAGCUGCUGCGCCACAAGGCGAUGGGAGCGGCGUCACCAUGGAGCGCCUACGUGCGGGUGCUGCCCACGCAGGUGCCGGCCCCGCUGGAGACCUUCGGCUGGGAGGACAUCUCGGGUCUGCGGUACCCGGCCGCGGAGGAGGCGCUACACGCGGCGGACUGGCUGCGGGCGGACGCGGCGGAGGCGGCCGGCGAGCAGGCGACCGGCGGGCUGGGCGUCGAGGAAUUCAACUGGGCGCUGUCGGUGGUGCAUUCGCGCACCUUCGCCAACGCGGCGCCCGGCGGCGGCGUGGGUGUGCGCAUGUUGGUGCCGCUGAUUGACAUGAUGAAUCACUCGGGUGACGAGGCGCAGCUGGCGAGCCCAGCAGGCGAGGCCGCUCAGCAGGGCCACGAGGGGCAUGACGCUGUGGGGCUGGGCGGCCCCGUGGUUGCCAAAGACAACGUGCGGUGGGACCUGCUGCCCCCCGGGCGCUCCGGCACGGGCGGCUGGGCCAUGGCUGUGUCCGCCACGCGGCCGCUGGCGCCCGGGCAGGAGCUGAUGCUGUCGUACGGCGAGAGGUCCAACGACGACUUCUUCAUCCACUACGGGUUCGUGCCGCGUGCCAACCCGCACGACGACGCCGUGCUGUGGCCCGACCUGGAGGCCGCCCUGGAGUGGCACUACAGCCGCUUCGGGGCGCAGCGGCUGAGUGAGGCGGAGGCGGAGCCGCUCUACUCAGCGGCCCUGACCGCGGGCCUGGCGGAGCAGGAGGCGGAGAUACGGCAGCGCCUGACGGCGGCGGCAAGUGCGGCAGGCAACAAAGGGCAGCAGGAGCAGGAGCAGCAGCCGGUGGCGCUGCCGGAGCAGGCAGACCCAUUGGAUAGCUUGCCGGAAGAGGUGCUCCGGCAGCUGCGGCAAAUCAAGGUACUCAGCCGCGGCCGCGUGACGGAAGCAGUGAUGCGAGCCUUCGCCGCCGUCAGCGGUGAGCCAGCCGCCGCGGCUGCCGCCGCCGCCGCGGAGCGCGCCGUGGCCGUCCGGUGCGCCGAGCUGCUGCAAGCCAUGGCGCGGCCACCUGCAACCACCACCGGUGUACCUGCCGAUGGUGGUGAUGGCAGCGAGGCGGCGGCGGCCGCCCAUGCACCGGACCAGCAGCGGGCGUUGCUCCCGGCGGGCGGCCUGCUGGUGGACCUGGCGCUGCUGCUGGCGGAUGCGCAGCCGCGGCUGCUGCAGGCAUCUGCGGCAGAGGCAUCAGGCGCAUCAGCUUCUGGGGCGGGGGCGGGGACGGCAGCUGCGGCGGCGGCGGCUGAGGAGGCGGGGCUGCAAGGCGAUGCGGCGUACUGGGCGGCUCAGCUGCGUGGCUGCUGCCGGGCACUGUUGCCCCGCUACGCCGCCUUGCUGCCCGUGGAGGCCACCGCCGCCGUAUCCGCCGCCGCCGCCGCGGCGGCGACAAGCAGCGCAUCCCCGCCCUCUUCUUCCUCCGCACCCGCGGGGCCUGCUCCUGGUGGCCUGAAGAGCAGAUACAAGCGGCCGCCGCCAUCCACUGCUAGCGCCGCCGCGGACGCUGCCAGCCCUGACAGUGCUGGUGGCGCUGGUGCCAGCAGCGCAGGCGGGCCGGCAGGCGGUCUGCCGCUUGCGCCGUUGUUGCGAGCGCUGGUGCUGGGGCCGGGCGCAGCGGUGUUGACGGCGGGGGGUGGCUGCAGCGGAAUGUUGCCGCUGACGGGGCCGCAGCGCCUGUCUGCCGCUUUCCGUGCUUAUAAACAGAUGGUGCUGUGGGACGCGGUGCUUGGAUGUGGACUGAGCGGAGAGGAGCUUGCUGCGCUGCUUUGAUUCAUGGCAUGUCAUGGUACGGUGUGACUGGGGAUGUGAUGCGGGCCUCCGUUUGAGGUAGUCGACAAUAGCUCCCCUAGCUGAGACCCAGGGCGCCGCGUGGGGGUGACGUAUUUCCAUGAUCGUCGGUGCCUGGGCUUGGUGCAAUUUUGUCUAUCAGGACGCAACUACAUUAGGCACUUGCUUUGCAGCAACGGGGGCGGCGGCACGUGCCAUCGGUGCUGCCGCGGCAGCCGCUGUGCAGCUGGGCGGCGGCGCAUAUGGCUAGAUAGGUAGCGGAGUGCUGUCGAAACGCGAACGCGAAUGUGCGCGACACGAAGAGAAGUUGUAGUCGCUAGCACGCAUAGAAGGCCGGUUAGCAGGAGGCGGUCACAACAGACAUGUUACCUCAUCCAGACGGUAAACGCCACGGGCAAUAGAGGAGCGCCGCCGACCCAUCACUGAUAUAACCAGGUUGCGAUGGCUAGGCUGUCGGUCGGCUGGCGGGCUGGCGCGGAGCGAAGCUGCGGGGCGCGCGGCAUCCGAAACCAACCUGGAAGCACCAGCGCCACCGUCGUCCAGCAGCACAUGUGAGGGAGGGAGUGAGUGGAAGCGUAAGCAACCGGGAAGGAAGUAGCGGGCCAGACAGCAAGGAAAACAGCACAGCAAGUAUCGUAACCGCGGGCUGGGCGGCUGGCUGUCGCUGCGGUUGGGGCUGGCGCGGGCUGGAACGGAACUAUGGAGGCGGAGUGGACGGAGUGGAAGGCAAGUAUGUAAAUGGUGAGGAAU